GUCUAAGACACACAAAAAACCCCCAUUUUUCUUUUUUCUAGUUUUGCCCCUGCAAAACCAGAGGGAGUGUUCCAUAAAGAACAAAAACAGAAGAGCAGUAGUCACUUUGAACAUUGGAAGAUGCAGAAUUUUACCAAGAGAUACUUUGUAAAUAAUAAUCAUUGUAACUUAUUUAAGAACUCUGAAACUUGUAAUAUGACCUGUGCUGAUCUUUAAUCCGAGUUGGUACUUCUUUUCAAAUACCAGUAUUUACGUGAUAAUACUUUUAACCUGUAGAUUUUUCUGAUUUGUUGGAUACAGCUUCCUUUGAAAGAUUUGGUAGGAUUUAAGGGGGAAAAAAUGUCUUCAGGUUGCUGUUGGGAAGUUUCCAAAUGAGCUAGUAGUCAUUCUGCAGUAUAUUUUUGUCCCAUCAUUUCUAACAUAAUAUGAACUCCAGAAAAACAUGCUACAGAAAGCAUGGCAAUUCCUGCAUUGUUCAAAAGAUCCACCUGAUAUUCCUCAAAAACUGAACUGUGAGACCUGUGAUUUAAAAGAGAUUGUCUGUACUUGGAAUCCGGGAAGACCAACUGCAUUGGUGGGCCCACGCAAUACAAGUUACACUUUAUUUGAAAGUUUUUCAGGGAAAUAUGUUAGAUUUAAAAGAGUUGAAGCACCAACAAACGAAAGCUAUCAGUUAUUCUUUCAAAUGCGUCCAAAUCAAGAAAUAUAUAAUUUUACUUUGAAUGCUCGCAAUCCUCUGGGUCGAUCAGAAUCAACUAUUUUAGUUAACAUAACUGAAAAAGUCUAUCCUCGAAUUCCUACUUCAAUCAGAGUAAAGGAUAUUAAUUCAACCGCUGUUACACUUUCCUGGCAUUUACCAGGCAACUUUGGAAAGAUUAAACUUUUAUGUCAAAUUGAAAUUAACACAACUAACUCAGUCCAAGAAUUGCGGAAUGUCACAAUCAAAGGAGUAGAAAAUUCAAGUUAUCUUGUGGCUGUGGACAAGUUAAAUCCAUAUACUAUAUAUACUUUUCGGAUUCGCUGUUCUACUGAAACUUUCUGGAAAUGGAGCAAAUGGAGCAAUGAAAAAAAAUAUUUAACCACAGAAGCCAGUAAGUUAAGUCAGUGGUUUAUAGCUGAUUAUUACUAUGGAUCUUGACAUUUUACAACUUAUUUUUAAAGAAAAUGUCACCAAAGUGAGUAAAAGGAGAAAGCUUGAAUUGCAUAAUUGUGUAAUAUCUCCUAGUAAAAUAUCAUGGUGGCUCUAAGGUUUGUGCUCCUAUGGGCAGCCGCUUGGCCUGUGUUGUGGGGAAGACCAGGCCUGUCUGCAGGAUGUUUACAGCUGUGUCCUAAGAUGAUGCAGAGGAAACAGACUCAAAACUGUGAUGAGAUUAUGGGUGAUUUCUUUGACACUCUUUCCUCCUCUUCUAGAAUUUUGGUAACCUAUUUAGAUGACUUUACUGAAGACAAUUGUUAAUAAAGAGAAUUUGUUGGAAUUUUUAUUUGUGACCUAGGCUUGAGAAAUGGAUGGGGCCAGAGGUCUUGAACUUAGUUUCUGCAGUACACGGAGGUCAAAAUAGGUACAAAAUUAGGUAACUGGUUUUCUGAGUAUGAUAAUUCCCAAAGAUGGAAUGAGAUUCUAUCCUUGAAUAAUCAGAUGUCAGCUUUAAAAGUCAAAAACAAAAAAACUUAGAAAUAGGUAUAAUUUUCGGGAGUCAUUCAACAAAGGAUAGCAAAAGCUUUAUUUGCACUAGAUAAUAUAGG